CCUCCGCGAGCCCAGCCCUGUGCUCCCAGCGCGGCGGGGCGAUGGCGGCGCGGUACGGGGCGCUCUGCCGCGCGCACCUGCGCCUGGAGUAUCUGCGCGCCAACGCCACUACGCAUGACUUCCUCUUUGGAGCGAUUGCUGAACUGAUUGACAAUGCCCGAGAUGCAGGAGCCACCCGACUUGAUAUAUUUACUGUAGAUAAUGACCAGCUGCAAGGGGGAUUUAUGUUGUGUUUUCUGGAUGAUGGAUGCGGCAUGAACCCUAGGGAAGCUACUCAUCUCAUUUAUUUUGGAAAGUCUUCUAAACGGCAGUCUGCCUCCAAGUUGAUUGGAUGCUAUGGCAAUGGCCUUAAGUCUGGGUCUAUGCGACUAGGGAAAGACUUCAUAUUACUUACAAAGCAAGAAGAUACCAUGACAUGUGUUCUAUUUUCUCAAACAUUCUGUGAGAGAGAAGGCCUUGAUGAGGUGAUUGUUCCAAUACCUUCAUGGUCAGUAAGUACCAGAAAGCCUGUUUUACAUGAUGCUGCGAUGUUUGCUGUACAAAUGUCAAUCAUCUUUAAAUAUUCACCUUUCACGAGCGAAGAUGAAUUGAUGCAGCAAUUUGAUGCAAUCUAUGGGAAAAGUGGAACUUUAAUAAUUAUUUACAACUUGAAGCUUAUGCUGAAUGGAGAGCCAGAGCUAGAUAUUAAAACACACAGUGCUGACAUGCUUAUUGCUGGUCUUCCUGACAACCUUCCAGAAAAAUGGUCACUCAGAGCCUAUACAGCUGUAUUGUAUUUUGACCCAAGGAUGAAGAUAUUCAUUCAGGCUAAGAAGGUAGAAACUCGAUACUUGCCUUAUUGCUUUUACAGACCCAGGAUGUAUCCAUACUUCACAUUCUGCUUUAAAGCUAUUGCACAGAAUGAAAUAGAAAAGGCAAAAAAGGACCUGAAGCUUGCUGAACAAGCUGUAAAAGAAGCCAAGUGUCAAUUAAAACAUCUGGAAGAAUCCUUUUUGCAUGAAGACAAUGAGCCUGCUCAUCUUGCGUUACAGGAUGCUCUAGAAAAUGCAAAAAGAACACGUGAGAAGCUUGAAGCGAAACAAAGAGAACUGAGAAAGCCAAAGAAGCUCUAUUUAAUAUUUGGCAUAAACAUAGGCAACAGAAGUCAAGAUGGAAUGCUUAUCUAUAGCAACAGUCGGUUGAUCAAAAUGUAUGAAAAGGUGGGACCUCAACUAAAAUCGGACUCUUUGGAAACCCGUUUUGGUGCUGGUGCAGUAGGGAUGGUCAACAUGCCCUUGGAAGCCAUGGAGCCCACACACAAUAAGCAGGCUUUUGUUAAUGUUAAAGAAUAUAACCGCUUGCUUAGAGCCAUGAGGCACUGUCUGCUCCAGUACUGGAAGGACACAGGAAUAAGUCAGAAAGGAGUAGUUUCCUUCUGGAAUGAGUUUGGAUAUCUAAGUGACAAAUGGUCUGAGAAACCCUUGGAUGCAGUUCAGUAUAGGAGAAAACGUGCAAUGGAAGUUCCUGCCAUUGUUCAGUGUGAUAUCUGCCUUAAAUGGAGGAUUCUCUCAUCUUCCGCUGAUGCUAAAAAUGGAGACCACAGUGGCAUCUGGAUCUGCAUAUAUAACCCCAACCCUCUGGAAAACAAGUGUAAUAGACCAGAACAUUUACCUUCCAUCCCUUUGGGCACUUUGAACAAACCAGCGCAGUUACCAAAUGACAAAGAAAAGCUCCUUUUAGAGUCAAUCCAGAGACAUCAAAAGAAGCUGGAAAACUUGCAGUCUCAGAGGCCUCAUUUAAUAGAACCACAUACAAGUGUUCACUCUAAAGAGAGCACAGGAACUGCAAAGAAAACCCAAAAAGAAAGAGCUCAGACAACAGCGCAGCAAAGGCAUGUGUUCCAUAGAGAAUCAUCUGUUUUGUCUAUAUGUAGAAGAAAAAAGUAUGAGCAAAAACCUGGAAAAAUUAACCUUAGAAGAUGGAAAAUUACAGAACAUAGAUUUCCUUCCCAAAAGACAGACAGGCCUCACCAACAACAAAAACAUGUUAUUUCCUUGUUGGAGAAGGUGGAGGAUCACCGAGUUUCACUGGUUUGUCCUCCUGAAGUGAAAAGCAAACAAACAUCUCAGGAGCAUUCUGAAGUUGUUGAAAUUGUAGCAGAGGAUAAUGACCCAGACAUCAUCUGUGUUAUAGAUUCUGAGUGUGAGACUGAAGACUUGCCAAACUAUGGAGAAAGUAAUGAACGACUUUGGUUGAACAAAGAUUUAUGUGGAGGAAAAUGCAAGUGGCCUGACAUACAAACAUGCAUUUGUCUUGAUCAGAUGGAUCCUGCAAAAAUAAAGGGAAAUAAUGUGCCUCCUUCAAAGGUGGAAAGUUCAUUGGCUGAAGAUCUAAAAGAGCAUGCUGAAAGAAAAGUCCAAGUGAUUAUGCAGUCGGCUGCUACAGCAAAGCUUACAGAGUCCCUCCAGAGCUUGUCUGGAAAGAAAACUGUAGAGAUAUUAACAUCUCACUUAAGAAAGGUUCUGCUGUAUUUUUUGCCAGACUGUAAGCUGUCACAGGAACAAAUUAAUGGUAUGUCUACUGAGGAACUAAUAUCACUAUUUAAGGUUAUAAAAGACUAUUUUGUUGAAUAUGAAAGGCAGCUACUUGGGAAAAUUCAGUCUAUAACUAGCCACUCUUGUGAAGUAGCAAAAGUUUGGGAAUUGCAACAAAGAGGCUGUGAGUUACAAAUUAAAGCUACAAAAGAAAAACUGAAGAACCUUCGGGAAAAGAUGGCAGAAUUGCUACAGCGGCUUCAUCCAGGAUCUGUCACUGAAUUCCAGAAAUACUGCCAGUCAGUUAAUGAAAAAAAAGACCUUUCUGCUGAGGGUGUUGAAAGAGAUGACUUGGAGCAGCUUGAUGGCUAUCUUGAAGAACUGCUCCAACAGGAUGUGUGCUUCUCUGGCAUGUUAAGUUUACCUUCUAUAAGCACAAACCCAGUGGAGAAAGAGAGCCUGCCCUCAGUUUCACCAGAGGGACCCUCUUGGUGAAUGUCUUCCCAGCUUCCCAUUACAGGACAGCUGUCCUCAAGGCACUACAGAGGAGCUGCCUUGGAUGACUCAUGAGCAGUCCCUUGAGUUGCUGAUGCACCUUCACAUAUAUUGGGCCUGAAUUCCAGCCCAUUUUCUCUAAUGUCACCUCCUUCUUGACCUACUCAAGAGAAAACCUACUACCUCCCUCUCCAUUGAGUUUCAAGGCCUGAUGUCCUGCAUUCGGCAAUUCCAGUUUUCCUGGUCCACUCUCGCUAGUUGCAGGGGCCUGCCCUCCAGUCCCAAAGUGGUCUGUUUCAAAGGAACCAUGUUUCUUUUUCCACUUUCACUCAGUAAUGGAUCAGGGGCCUCUUUUGGACUUUUCAUUUGAAUUAGAUAUUAGUAUGCCAUUGUAAUAAAUGUUGUUGGAGUUUUAGGUUUUGUCAGUGAAGAUGUAAAUUAUUAUUUCAGGCUAUGUUUACUGCAUGUUGGCUUUUUCUGGAUGCUAUAAAUACAGUUGUUCUAAAGAGUUUGCAAACCUUUGACUUGUUUGUGUUCAUAAAGGUAAUGUUUCCAAA